AUGGCCGCUGCCAUAGCUUGCCGGAAGCGCGCCGCGACCCCGUUCCUCGACGAGGUGACCCCGGCGCCGCCCCACCUCGCCAAGCGCGGCCGCUUCUCGCCGUGCCCGGGCGCCGCGGCGGCGCAGCGGCCGCCGCUGGCCGUCGACCCGCUCGACGCCCUCCGCCGCGUCUUCCCGGACGCCGGCCCGGGCGAGCUCGAGGCCUGCUUCGCCGCGUCCGGCCGCGACGUGCACGCGACCGUGGAGGCGUGCCGCGCCCGGCAGCGGCAGGCGAGGGAGAGGGAGGCGACGGCGGCCCGGGUCGCGAGCGCCGCGGCGCGGGCCGACGGCGGCGGCAUGGAGGAGUGCGCGGGCGUUCUGGUGGAGCAGAUGUCCGCGGCGGCCGACGUGGCGGACGCCAGGGGCCGCGCGUCGUUGAUCCUGAAGCUGGUCGAGAGCGCCGUCGCCAGCCGCGCGGCGGCGGCGGCGGAGGCGCAGGCGGCGGCGCUGCGGGAGGAGAACGCGGCGCUCAAGGCGCGGGCGGAGGAGCUGGAGCGCGACAACGGCGUGCUGAGGUGCGGCGUGGCGGCGCAGCACAGGCGGCAGGAGGAGCUGGAGCGCGACAACGGGGUGCUCAAGCGCGGCGUGGCGACGCUGCACCGGCGACAGGAGGAGGCGGAGCGCGCGGCGGAGGAGCUCAAGAAGAAGGUGGCCGAGCUGGCGGCGGCCAACUACGCGCUCGGCGUCCAGGCGCGCGGCGCCGACAGCUGCCGCUUCCAGGUUUUCCGCGGCCCCGACGUGUUCUGA